AUGCAAGAGUCACAGGACGAAAAUUCAUACAUACACAAGCAAUAUGUUGUGUUGGAUCAAACAUUUGUAGUUUUCGAUAUCGAUCAGCCGAAGAAUGCGUGUCAAAAGUUGAGAUUGAAUCGUCUCGCCGGUGUUGGACCGAUUUAUUGGAGAUUUCAGACAAACGCUCCAACUCGUUAUAUCGUGAGCCCAAAUCACGGAAUAAUGCGUGACGAUGAUCCGGUGGAAGUGACAAUCACUCUCUAUCAAAAUCGUUUCCGCCCGAGACAUGAGAUUUUUCUUCAAGCCGCGCCAGUUUCAGAAAAUGGCAAUUUCGAUCCGAAAUCCAUUUUCGAGACGACGGAAACCGCACAAGUGACCUAUUUGGACCUUGGGACUACUGUAAUGAAAAUUGAGUCGGCUCUAGAAUCUUCGAAAUCCACAACUGAUCUUCAUCAAGCAUUGGAUGCAUCUGCUUCGGUGCAACGUCUUCAGAAUGAGCUUCUGAACCAGCAGAAAAUGCUGGCGAUGAAGGCGUCGACGGCGGCUCAGAAUCAGAAGAAUCCGGGGAACUGUUCUAUUUCUUAG